AGCGACGCACUGGUAUCUUUGCUCUGCAAUCUCCUAUCCCCAUCGGUUUCACUGGGAAGACUUCCGGUGGUGUGUCAUGGCGGCAUGGUAAAGCUUGCUCAAAGGGAACAAUAACCAAGCCGUACUGUCAUCUUCAGACGCCGGUUUUGGGACUUAUUUCAGGCCUAACAUCGCCACGAACGUCCACAUUCGUCUUGGAAUUGCAAGCAGUCAUUCGCGGUUUCUAUCCGCACGGCCAUGGCGGCACAUAAACCAGUGGAAUGGGUUCAGGCCGUGAUAAACAGAUUCGACGAGCAGCUUCCUGUUAAAACGGGACAUCAGAACAACCACACCAAAGUCAGCACAGAGCACAACAAGGAAUGUCUCAUCAACAUCUCUAAGUACAAGUUCUCCCACGUCAUCAGUGGCCUCACGAACAUACUAAAAAAUGUGAACAACAUGCGGAUAUUCGGGGAAGCUGCUGAGAAGAACCUCUACCUCUCCCAGCUGAUUAUCCUGGACACACUGGAGAAGUGCCUGGCAUCGCAAUCAAAGGACUGCCUGCGUCUGGACGAGACCAUGCUGGUGAAGCAGCUGCUGCCAGAGAUCUGUCACUUCAUCCACACGUACCGCGAGGGCCACCAGCACGCUGCUGAGCUCCGUGCCUCCGCCUCAGGGGUCCUCUUCUCCCUCAGCUGCAACAACUUUAACGCUGUUUUCAGCCGCAUCUCCACCAGGUUGCAGGAGCUGACAGUCUGCUCAGAAGACACUGUGGAUGUGCACGAUAUAGAGCUCGUGCAGUACAUCAACGUGGACUGCUCCAAACUUAAAAGACUGCUCCAAGAAACGGUAUUAAAAUUCAAAGCCCUGAAGAAACCUGCCCAACUUGCCGUCAUUAACAGUUUGGAAAAGGCCUUUUGGAACUGGGUAGAGAACUACCCUGAUGAGUUUACCAUGCUCUACCAGAGAACACAGACAGACAUGGCAGAUGCUGCGGAGAGGCUGUUUGACCUGGUGGACAGCUUUGCUGAGAGUGCCAAGAGGAAGGCAGCGGUGUGGCCUCUACAGAUCAUCCUCCUCAUCCUCUGUCCCGAGAUCACACACAUCAUCUCUCGAGAGGUGGUGGAGGAGAGCAAGGCCAACAAGACUCUGUCAUUUAAAGAGAAAAUGACCACCAGCCUUAAGUUCAAAGAGAAAACCACAGACCUGGAUACACGCAGCUACAAGUGCCUCCUCCUCGCUCUGGUCAAACUCAUCCACGCUGACCCCAAACUCAUGCUGCACAACCCAGGGAAGCAGGCUCAGGAGACCCAGAGCAGCACAGCAGAGCUGAUCGCAGGCCUGGUGCAGCUGGUGCCCUUGGUCAAUACAGCCCAGCUUUCCCAGGAGGCCAUGGAGGCUCUGCUGGUGCUGCACCUGCCUGAGACCAUUGAGCUGUGGAACCCUCAGGCCCCCAUUGAAACCUUCUGGGACAUCAGCUCCCUGGUUCUCUUCCUGAUCUGCAAGAAGCUGAUUGGUCACCAGAUGGUGAACAGUACAGAGGUGUUGAAGUGGCUGAGGGAGAUCCUUAUCUGCAGGAACAAGUUCCUCCUAAAGAACAAGGAGUGUGCCACGCAGAACAGUGGAAUCCCCAUCUGCAGACAGGCCCAGACCAAACUGGAGGUGUGUCUAUACAUGUUUCUGUGGAGCCCUGACACCGAGGCCGUGCAGAACAUCCUGCCCAACUACGCCACCUUCACAGAGUUCGCCUCCGUCAGCAACAUAAUGGCCACCGGACGUUCCACCCUGCAGAAGAGAGUGAUGGCCUUGUUGAGAAGGAUAGAGCACCCCACUGCAGGAAACACUGAGGCAUGGGAGGACACGCAUGCAAAAUGGGAGCAGGACACCAAACAGAUUCUGAACUUUCCCAAAAACAAGGUGGAGGAUGGUCAGGAGUGGAUCAACAUGACAGGCUUCCUGUGGGCUCUGGGUGGGGUGUGUCUGUCCCAGCACAGCAAGCCCUGUGGCCCCACCACCUACAGCCCCCCAUGGGCCCCAUGAGCGAACGCAAGUACUCUAUGGUCUCUGUGGGC